AUGACCACGCCCCGACGUGACCAGGAUGGUGAUCAGUCGCCUCUCGAACCCAAAGCACCGGUCCGAUACCCUCGCUCGUCUACGGCAUGGCACAAAAGACUCCGACAGCGUUCUCAACUCGUCUCUAUUGUGACUCGUCACGACGCGAAAGACGCCCACAAAAACAACCGGUCUCGGUCUGAGUCGUCAUCAGACUCCGCUUGA